UGUCAAUUUAUUUACAGUCGAAAAGAGAUGGUGGUGGGUGUGUUGCUUUGAGUUUUAGUUAGAAAGAAUUUUUAAUUAAAUAAAAAGUAGUGUUAGUAGUUAGGCGCCUAAUUAUUUUGAUCAAUUAGUGACUUGUUUAUAGAAUCCAUUGUAAAUAUAUUAGUCUUCGAAGCAAUCGUUUGUAUUGUAGCAUUUAAAUCAAAUAUUUACAUUGAGUGUUGUUUCUGUAGUGAUGUGCAUAUCAGUGCUAUUAACUAAAAUAGUGUACUUAUGAUUAGUAGCUAAUUUAUGAUCAUUGAUGAUGUUUGUUUUGAGUUCACAACAUGGAUGUAGCUUGUGAACGUAGUCCAGUUUUGAUACACCAUGUCGUCAACGCCAUGCGCCAAGGGCGGGAUGCGCCUCAGCGAAGCCCUGGACAACAUCCAACUGGCGUAUAAUCCUAUAACGAAACAGUUGCACUUUGUAAGUCCUAAAGUGGAUAAACCUCCUGACACUACUGAUGAAGUUGAUAAAUUGUCGAAAAAGAGUAGUUUUAGUGAUGAAGGGAACUAUUCAAUAUCGACAUGUGAGAAGAGUGAUACCAGUGACUCUCCAAAGAGCACAUUGCAGUGGGGAGGCAGUGUGAGCGGUCACCAGCGAGGGAAGGACGGAGGCUCAUUCUCGAGUACUGUGUCCAGCUUAUCUGAAUGUUCCCUAGGGUCCAGUGCUUCCAAGGAUGAUGAUGUUGAUGUGAACAAGGACCAAGAUAACAGUAAGCUGAAGAAGAAAGGAUUGUCUGGAUUUUUUAGCAGAGGAGUCUUCCCAUGGAAAAGCAGUUCAUCAAAGACUCAAGAAUCAACCACCACUGGUGUUACUUGGCGUCUCUUCGGCAGCAAGUCCACCAACAACUUGUCAGUUAAGACCAGCUCGGAGAGUCAAAAGUCAUUGACCCCUGUCUCGUCGGCGGCUAACACCCCACAUCAUCACAAACGACAGGGUAGCUCCGCCAGUGAGAAGCAGUUUGAAGAUUUAGUCGCAAGUUCUAUUGCCCUCAUACAACAUGACAGGCCAUCCAACCUUCCAGCGAAGUGUACGGAGGAGGCAAUGCGGCAUCGUUUGGAGCACGCUCGUAUGGUGCAGGCGGCGCGACGCCGCGUGGAGCGCGAGGCGGCCGCGCGGCUAGCUCGCGUGCACCACGCGUUGCGACACGAGGAACGUCUCGCGACACACGCACACGAGUGGUCACGUACUAUAUUGCCUGAUUGGCAUAACAUGAAAAAUUCCAAGCGUACGCUAGAACUUUGGUGGAGCGGCCUACCGCCGUCAAUUCGCGGCAAAGUAUGGCAACUGGCGAUCGAGAACAAACUAAAAAUCAGCCCCGAAAUGUACCAGGACUUUGUCGCGAAAGCUAAACAGAAGCUUCUAGAAGCGCAGCAGAGACGAAAGAAGUUAAAAAUCAAGAAUAGAGAAGCUUGCGGUUGUAAAGAGAAGGAAAAUAAGGAAUCGGAUCGUUUAUCAAAAGAGGAUAAUCAAGUAUCGGAUAAAUUUGAAUCGGAGGAGGAUGAGAAACCGCGGUUAGGUAUGCCGAGAAACUUCAGUGAGCAGAAUUUGAAAACUCUAAACGUUGAAACGUGCCCGAAAAAGUGUUGUUCCAAAUCGAACCCUAACCUAUUAGAGUAUAACGACGAAUGUUCAAUGGAGCUGAUCCAGUUGGACAUAGCUCGCACGUUCCCGCACCUGUGCAUCUUCCAGCCGGGCGGGCCCUACUUCGACGUGCUGCACGAGCUGCUGGCGGCCUACGUCUGUUACAGACCUGAUAUAGGAUAUAUACAAGGUAUGUCUUUUAUCGCGGCGGUGUUAAUACUGAACAUGGAAGCUCCGCAAGCUUUCGUGUGCUUCGCCAAUCUACUGGACGGGCCCGUGCUGCGCGCAGCUUUCACACGGGACGGCGCAGCUAUGCAGCGGCUGUGGAAGGCGUACGGGCGCCUGCUGCGGCACAACCUGCCGGCGCUGGCGGAGCUGGUGGCGCCGGAGCUGUACCUGGUGGAGUGGCUGUACACCGCCUUCGCCAAGGCCAUGCCGCUGGACGCCGCCUGCCGCCUCUGGGACGUCUUCCUCAGGGAUGGGGACACGUUUCUCUUCAAUGCCGCACUUGGCAUUCUCCAUCUUUACCAAGACGAGCUGAAAGAUAUGGACUUCAUCUCAGCGGCGCAGUUCCUCACCAAGCUGCCGGAGGACCUGGACCAGGAGGCGCUGUUCAAAAGCAUCUCCUCCAUCACCAUGACCCUGGACGGCAUGUCCUUCGAGGAGCUGGCGUCGUGCUGCGAGCUGGAGACGACCCUGGACGAUGACGUCACCGUCAGGUUAUGAUACAUUGUGAAAUUUGAAGACUUACUUUAUAAAGUUUUUCGUAUAAAUUGUACUUUGAAAUGGUCUUUGUAUAUUUUAUAGUUUUUUUAAUAAAAUUAUGAAUGUAUACUUUUGUUGGUAUAGAAUUUAUCCUAUGAAAAUUGUAAGAAAAUUGUACAUUUUAAAUUAGAUAUAAUGUUAGUAUUUAAUUCAAUAAUUCUUUGUAUGUACAUAAUUUUAAAAUGUACAUUGGUAUAUAUCAAAAAUUAGAUUCAACAGUCUUGAUACUUUUUCGGAAUUAUUUGACAUGAGUGUAAAAUUAUGAAUUUUCCUAUAAAAUUGCACGAUUUUAAUAUUUUCCCACCGAUUGAUCACCUAAGAUUGAAAGUAAAUAAAGUUAUAUUUUGAGUAAUAGAAUUUUCAAGUACAUCUUUUAUCCUCCAACUAAUUUUUUGGCUUCCAAUUUUU